AGCAAGCACCGACCGCUCCCCAAAAAUUCCAAUAACCAACGCUCCAUUUCACUUUCCCGCCCAAACUCGCCGCCGCGGUCGAGCGAUCUCGAGGCCCGCCACCCGCCGCCGCCACCCCAUGGACGGCGGCGACGCGAGCAGCGCGGGGGCGUUGCUGGACGACGUCUCCGCCGCCCUCCGGUCCCGCGUCACGGAGCUCCAGGAGCUCGUCCUCGCCCGCAACAUGUACCCGGUGACGGCGGUGCCUGACCUUGCCGCCGUCGACGUGUCGCUCACGGCCAUGGAGGCGCAGGUGCAGGCGAUCCGCCGCCGACUCCAGGAGGAACUCGAAAUCAUCCCCAAGGCCAAGAAACAAGUAAAUCAGGCCUUGAAGCAACAGCGGAGGCUGCAGCAUAUGCUUGCAAACAUGCCAACUGGGAUGCGCGAAGAUGUCUUUGCUACUCCUAUGGAACAUAACUCAUCAACGAUGUUGCCUGACUCCCUCAAUUUCAGCUCGGCUGUUCCUGAAGUCAUGGACCGUGAUUUAAAGAUUAAGGAGGAGCCAACUGCAGCACCCAAGAAAGGAAAAGGACCUGCACCUCGUUGGUACAUAUCCACUGAGGAGCUUGAUUCAUUGUCAUCAUACAUGAGAGGGAGGCUAACUCUGGAGAAGGUUAACAUCGCCAUUAAUGAAGUGGCUUCAUAUGCGGAUGGCAAUGCUCACCUUGUUGCUUGUACAAAGAAAAAGCUAUCAGAAGACACAUGGGAGAAGGCACUGGAAUUAAGGGACAUUGCAGCAACAGAAUCAGUGAAGGGGAAACAUUUCUUUCUCGAAACUGAUAUAAAGGGGCCUGGCUUAAAACUUGAUAAUACAGGGAAAGCUAUCCUUACUGUCCUUCGUCACCUUGGUCGUAUCCAUGAGACCCGGAUUGGGCAUCAUCGUGUUUUUAUACUUUCAAAACAACACUGAAUGAAGGUCUCUUUUGACCGUUAUUUAUGUGCUGGAGAAUAUCUGGCAUCAAGUUUAAUGUGGUGUUAGGCUGGAGAUAAGAUACGCAUGCAUUCAGCUUGUUUGCUAGGUUGUAUUUUGUUGCCUACAGGUCAAUGCUGAAAAUAGUUCGAUCAUGCAAACCUUUUGCGUGUUCUCGAAGAAGAAAACAUUACUCAGUGUCCCUCGUUUGGUCUGACCUCUUUGUACAUUUUGCUUCUAUGUAUUGCAUAGCCUCCUUUUCCAGUACGAGGCUGGAACUGAAAGCAUGUCGCAUCAUCAUACCGUAUGGUCCGGGAUUGAUGUGUGCUUUCGUUUACUGAUCUUGCUUGCAUGUUUACUUGUUCAAAGGUCACCUUGGUCAGAGCUGCUCUGCAUUCCCCUUUGUCUUUGUACC